AUGUCAACUCGCGGACGCGGUCGCGGGCGAGGUAGAGGUAGGACAGGCACCGUUACUCCUGCCCCCAUAAGGACUGAUCCAGUAGACUUUAUGGCUGCCUUAGGAAAUAUGGCCGCAGCUAUGCAGGCAACAGCUGAGGCACUGGGUAAUCAGAUAAAUCAGGAUAAUCAUGGGAACAAUAAUGAUGAGAACGGUCCUAUGACACUUGCAACGUUUCUGAAAGUUCACCCUCCGACUUUUAGGGGAUCCUCAAAUCCCACUGAUGCAGAUAAUUGGAUCCAGGCUAUGGAACGGGCAUUACAGGCCCAACAGGUUCCUGAGGAGCAAUGGGUUGAAUUUGGAACUUAUCAGCUGCAAGGUGAGGCUCAGUAUUGGUGGCAGGGAACCCAACGUAUCUUACAGCCUGAUGGUGCUGCGAUUCCUUGGGAGGUUUUCCGGACAGAGUUCUAUAAGAAAUACUUUCCUAAUUCAGCCAGAAAUGCCAAGGAACUUGAAUUAAUGCAGUUAAAGCAGGGACAGAUGACUGUUGCUGAGUAUACUAGUAAAUUUGAGGAGUUAUGUCGCUUUUCUCGUAUCUGUCAAGGUGCGCCUGAAGAUUUUGCUGAAUGGAAGUGUAUUAAAUAUGAGGAAGGUCUUCGGAGCGAUAUUCUGAGCUUCGUUGCCCCAAUGGAGAUCAGGGUAUUUUCUGAAUUGGUAAAUAAGAGUAGAGUGGCUGAGGAUUGUGUGAGGAAGGCGGCAGCAGAGAAAGGAAGUUUGAGGGUGCCUUUUCAGAGGCCUUCUAGGAGGAACUUUGCUCCGAGAGGUAGAAAUUUCAAGCGUGGAGGUUUUGUUCCGCAGCAGACUCAGGAUCAAGAUAAUUACAGAAGGCCGAAUACCAAUGCUAGUCAAGGAAAAAGGUUUGGGAAGCAUCCACAGCAAGAUCUGAACUGUCAGAAGUGCGGAAGGUAUCACCCUGGAGUUCCGUGCAGAUUCGGACUUGGAGUAUGCUAUUCUUGUGGACAGCCCGGGCAUAUGGCCACCAAUUGCCAGGAGAAGAAGAAGUAUGAGACUGGUAGGGUGCAGCAGCCAGGGAGAGUAUACACCACUUCUACCAUAGGUGCUGAGGGAUCUGAGACACUGAUUAGAGGUAAUUGUGAAAUGGCUGGUAAAAUCUUAAAUGCUUUAUUUGAUUCAGGAGCAAGUCAUUCAUUUAUUGCAUUUGAAAAGGCCCAUGAGUUAGGAUUGAGAAUGGUGGUCUUAGCUUAUGAUUUAAAAGUAUAUAAUGCUACUCAUGAAGCUAUGGUGACUAGGAUAGGAUGUCCACAAGUUCCCUUUCGAGUACAACAACAUGAAUUUGUGCAUGAUUUGAUUUGUUUGCCUAUGACUGGUCUUGAUCUCAUUUUGGGAUUGGAUUGGUUAUCCAAGAAUCAUGUUUUACUUGAUUGUUCUGAAAAGUCAGUACAGUUUAUGCCGAAAGGGUCAGAAGCACCGGUUGUGGUGAAUAGUUACUAUUUGAAUUCUAUGAUAGUAAACUAUUCUGGAACUGAAUGUCAGGGUAUUAUGUUAUUAACUGCGGGAGUAUCAGGUGAUGAUCAGAGUUUAAAGCAGAUUCCGGUUGUAUGUGAAUUUCCAGAUGUGUUUCCGGAUGAUAUUAAUGAAUUCCCACCUAACCGAGAGGUUGAAUUUGCAAUCGAGUUGAAGAAGGAUGGGAGUAUGCGGUUGUGUGUCGAUUAUCGGCAAUUGAAUAAAAUCACAGUGAAGAAUAAAUAUCCGUUGCCUAGAAUCGAUGAUCUAAUGGAUCAGUUACAGGGUGCCGGUGUGUUUUCUAAGAUUGAUUUGCAAUCCGGAUAUCAUCAGAUAAGGGUUAGAAAUGAGGAUAUUCCGAAAACUGCUUUCAGAACCCGUUAUGGUCAUUAUGAGUAUACAGUAAUGUCUUUCGGGUUAACUAAUGCCCCCGCAGUAUUUAUGGAUUAUAUGAAUAGGAUUUUCCGACCAUAUUUGGACAAGUUUGUUAUUGUCUUCAUUGAUGAUAUUCUUGUUUAUUCUAAGACUGAAGAGGAGCAUGCUGAUCACUUGCGAACUGUGCUGCAAAUUCUGAGAGACAGAAAAUUGUAUGCUAAGUUAUCUAAAUGUGAGUUCUGGAAGAGUGAAGUGAAGUUUCUCGGCCACGUGGUGAGUAAGCAGGGAAUAGCUGUGGAUCCUGCUAAGGUGGAAGCAGUGAUGAAUUGGGAGCGACCAACUUCAGUGACAGAGAUCAGAAGUUUCCUAGGUUUGGAGGGAUAUUAUCGCAGAUUCAUUAAGGGAUUUUCACAGAUCGCCUUACCAUUAACUAAAUUGACUAGGAAGGAUACACCUUUUAUCUGGACUCCGGAAUGUGAAGAGAGUUUUCAGGCAUUGAAGCACAGGUUGACUACUGCACCUGUAUUGGUAUUACCUGAACCAAGUGAACCGUUUGAAGUGUAUUGUGAUGCAUCUCUGAAAGGUUUGGGGUGUGUUCUGAUGCAGCACCAGAAUGUUGUAGCAUACGCCUCACGACAGUUAAGGCCGCAUGAGAUGAACUACCCGACACAUGAUUUAGAACUUGCUGCUAUUGUGUUUGCUUUAAAUAUUUGGAGGCAUUACCUCUAUGGCGUUAAGUUUCUUGUUUUCUCAGACCAUAAGAGAAAAGCGAACGUUGUGGCGGACGCUUUGAGUCGGAAGUCUUUAUAUGCAGCUUGA